GCAAAGAGCUUUGAGAGUUGCUUCAUAUCCGCACCUUAUUCUGGAAGCAUUUGUUCUUCUUGAAUCCAGUGAGAGAGAGAGAGAAUAAUGUUCCACCCAAAGAAGGCAUCAAGUAUGAAUUCUCCCAUGUGCGACUCUGGUCUCGUCCUCACCACUGAUCCCAAGCCUCGUCUUCGCUGGACUGUCGAGCUUCAUGAGCGCUUCGUCGACGCCGUUACCCAGCUCGGCGGCCCUGACAAGGCGACGCCGAAGACCAUCAUGAGAGUUAUGGGGGUGAAGGGUCUCACGCUUUACCAUCUCAAGAGCCAUCUUCAGAAAUUUAGGCUGGGAAAGCAGCCUCACAAGGAUUUCAAUGAUCACUCCAUCAAAGAUGCUUCAUCUCUUGAGCUGCAAAGAAACAAUGCAUCUUCCUCCGGAAUGAUGGGGCGAAGCAUGAAUGAGAUGCAAAUGGAGGUAAACCGAAGACUCCACGAGCAAUUAGAGGUCCAGAGACACCUGCAGCUCCGAAUUGAGGCUCACGGCAAAUAUAUGCAAACAAUUCUCGAAAAAGCAUGCCAAACAGUCCUCGCCGGCGACAACAAGGCGGCAGCGGCGGGUCCCACUCUCAACUUCCCUACCCUCCAAGACCUCAAUAUGUACGGCAGCAGCGACCAUCUCCACCACCAAGGCAUGGAGAUGGAGUCCUUAAAAAGGUCCACUCCUUACACCGGCAAAAGCCCCUUGAUCUGGGCCGACGAUCUCCGCCUGCAGGAGCUCGGCACCGCGUCGUGCCUCGACGAUCAGAUCGGCCCUCUCUCGGUCGACCGUGGCAGCGAUAUCGACUCGGUUUCUGAUAUCUAUGAGACCAAGCCGAUGCUGUCGUCGGGAGGUCAUGAUCAUAAGAAAUACGAUGUGAAGAUGGAUCGGCCUUCGCCGACGCCUCCGCGGACGGUGGCGAUCAGCGCCGGAGGGAUGCGGAGCUCGCCUUUCGGGUGACCAAACACACGUACACAUAUUUUAAUUUUAUUUUGGUGAUGGUAAUUUUUAGUGUUUUAACUUAAUUAGGGGGUUUGGAGUUUUUAAUUUUAACCAUUUAGAAGUUGAAAAUGAGGGAUGUUGAAUAAGACUAUACUACCUAGGGUGCUGUUUGAGCUUCA